AUGAAUGAAUUGACAAAAGCGAUACUGGAAACUAGUACCAAAGUGGCGUCUUCGGAAAUAAGGGAAAGAAGCGCCUGGAAAUUUAGCGAAAUAGAUGGCUGCCACAUUGAGGUUCAGCCGAAAAAGGAAGAUGCGAUCGAUUAUUACAAUUAUAAGGGGUGGUAUUCGGUUGUUCUGCUGGCAAGUUGCGACUAUAGAUCAAAAUUUACAUAUAUACAUGUUGGGUCAACUGGAAGAAAUAACGAUUCGUACAUUUUUGAAGGUAGUUCCUUAAAAAAAUUCCAGGAAACCGCCGAUAUUUUUGCUCAGAGCAUCAAAAUGAUUGGAGAUGUUAAUGUCCCCGUAUUACUUAUUGGCGAUUCAGCCUUUCGAUUGUCGCGUUACACGAUGAAGCCUUUUCCAUACUCACCAAAUCAACCAGUGUUAGAAAAAACAUUUAACUAUCGUUUAUCCAAAUGUCGCAGAGUUAUAGAGAAUGCUUUCGGUCAACUAAAAGCCCGAUUUAGAAAAAUUGGCAGAAGUUUACCGGUAGCUCCAAAAAACGUUAACGUUAUUAUACAUGCAUGCUGUAUUUUGCACAGUUUUCUAAAAAUUGAAAAUGAUGAAAUUCCUUCUUCGUGGAUCCAAGAUGGUGCAAAAAUAAGUACAGAAAUUCAACCACAUCACACUACAAGAGCUGGGGAAAAUGAUGUAACAGCAUCGGCUAUUAGAAAUGCAAUAGCUCUGAGUUUUCGUGAGUAUAGAUGUAUAGAGUAG